GAAGAAAAUAUCGCGAGUCGUUCUUGGUAACGCGAUUUGAUAUUUGAAACAUGGCGACCGAAGGCGACGCGGGUAGUGUGUCCGUUGCAGAAACAGAGACAGGGGAGGGCGAUGCAUCAUUUGGAGAAAUGAGCACAAAUAUGGAAACCGAAUCCUCAAACGGCAAGGAGGCAAUGGAGGCAGCGGGAGAUGGUCCAGAGGCGGUCGAGACGCAAACCGGCUCUGGAGACGAGGAGAGCGGCGCCCGUCAACUCGGAGAGGUGGAGCUGCAGUGUGCACUCUGUAUGAAGUGGUUCACUGCCGACACGUUCAAAAUAGACAAGUCAAGCUGUCUUCCCUUCAUGACCAACUAUGUGUUUCACUGUAAUGUGUGUCAUCACAGUGGCAACACCUACUUCCUGAGAAAACAAGCCAAUUUGAAGGAAAUGUGCCUCUCAGCCUUGGCCAACCUGACCUGGCGGUCACGCACUCAAGAGGAACACCCAAAAACAAUGUUUUCAAAGGAUAAGGAUAUCAUCCCUUUCAUUGAUAAAUAUUGGGAGUGCAUGACGACCCGUCAGAGACCUGGGAAGCUAACGUGGCCUAAUAACAUUGUGAAGACAAUGAGCAAGGAGCGUGAUGUGUUUCUGGUCAAAGAGCAUCCUGAUCCAGGAAGUAAAGACCCUGAGGAGGAAUAUCCCAAGUUUGGACUCCUGGACCAGGAUUUGGCCAACAUCGGACCAUCAUAUGAUACCCAGAAACAAACCACAUCAGUGGCCUCCACAGGAGGUCAGAACGGUGGAGCAGCAUUCUCAGGUGGCAUAGCUCCAGGAGGAACAGGUAAAGGCAGGGGGGCCAAGCGGAAGCAGCAGCAGCAGCAGGAUGGCACCGCAGCGGGCACCACCAAGAGGACCCGCAGUGACCCCCUGUUCGCCGCGCAGCGCCUGCCCCCUCACGGUUACCCCCUUGAGCACCCCUUCAACAAGGACGGCUACCGCUACAUCCUGGCCGAACCCGACCCUCACGCCCCUGACCCAGAGAAGCUAGAGCUGGACUGCUGGGCCGGGAAACCCAUCCCAGGGGAUCUGUACCGGGCCUGCCUGUAUGAACGGGUCCUGUUGGCCCUCCAUGACAGAGCUCCCCAGUUGAAGAUCUCAGAUGACCGGCUGACGGUGACGGGUGAGAAGGGCUACUCCAUGGUGCGGGCGUCUCAUGGGGUUCGCAAGGGGUCCUGGUACUUUGAGGUGACUGUGGAUGAAAUGCCCACUGACACAGCUGCUCGCCUCGGUUGGUCGCAGCCUCUUGGUAACCUACAGGCCCCUCUUGGCUAUGACAAGUUCAGCUACUCCUGGCGCAGCAAGAAGGGCACCCGCUUCCACCAGUCCAUUGGCAAACACUACUCCGAGGGCUACAACCAGGGUGACGUCCUGGGCUUCUUCAUCGAGCUGCCAGACGAGACCGAGGUCGCCAAGGCCCUGCCAGACACCUACAAGGACAAGGCCUUGAUCAAGUUUAAAAGCUACCUGUACUUUGAGGAGAAGGAUUACGUGGACAAGGCAGAGAAGAGCCUGAAAGCAGUGAACAGCAGCAAAAUGGUGUUCUACAAGAACGGUGUGAGCCAGGGAGUGGCGUAUGAGAACCUGUUUGAAGGCCUCUACUUCCCAGCCAUAUCACUCUACAGAAGCUGCACGGUGUCUGUGAACUUUGGACCACACUUCAAACACCCUCCAAAGGAUAACAAAUUCCAGCCAAUGAGUGACUUGGGCAGGGGAGCCGUGAUUGAGCACACGCUAGCAGACAUACUUUACCACGUGGAGACGGAUGUGGACAAAAUCAAAUCCACUCGUUCUCCUCCCUGCACGCCAGUCUUGCCCAUCUAAUUGAAGGAUCCUUUGCGUAAUGUGGGCACCUUGUGGUGACGUGAGUGGUCUGUAAAUGUGUCCCGUUUGCAGAUGAGUGACAUGGGCAGGGGAGCGGUGAUUGAGCACACGCUAGCAGACAUACUGUACCACGUGGAGACGGAUGUGGACGGCCGCAGCCCCCACUGGGAAGGCUAACCGCAGACGUGUGUUCCAUCUGCAUCUUCAUCUCCUGUCUAUCCCUCUCUCUUCAUCUCCUGUUUAUCCCUCUCUCUUCAUCCCCUGUCUAUCCCUCUCUCACCCUCACUCACAGAAACAUUGUUCUGGGUCCUGACACCUUUAGCAGAGUGUUAAAAAGAGCCUAGGGCAGUUAAAAUUCAUGUUCGAAUUCCUUCAUAAGUACACAAACUGUGACUCCAUAGAUGGCAUAGCCGAUACUUCAGCUGAAAAAUAAACCUGUUUGGUUUCGUUUGCUUUCCACAAAGAACGUAACCGAUGUAUUCUAAACUAAAAGAUCUGUCAAUAGAGCUCCCCCAACACCUUGAUCACCAGUUGAUGGUGAUUGGGUGUAGCACUUCACAGGUGUAGAGUUAAUGGAUGUACAAAAUAGUAAUGCUUUAUACUGUGCCACCUAUGGGUCAUUGGAGAUCUCCCAGUGUCGUUGAAUACUAGAGGACAUCGGUGACCAAAAUCUAUGGAGGAGCCAGUCUUAGUUGUUUCUGAGGACAGAUCAGUGAGUGAUAUCAUGUCGGUAUUGUGUUAAAACCUUUUUUGUGUGUGGUAGAUGUAAGAAAAAAAUGAUUUCUGAUUGUUUGUAUUUUUGUUUUAUACAGAAAUAAAUGGUUUUUAAUAAAGUUGUCUUAAAACCA